AUGCUGUCGAUGUAUGCGCGUUCCCUCUCGCGAGCCUCAGCGCGAAGCGCUAGAUCGCCGCCGCUCCUAGCCCUGGCAGCUCGCACCGCGCGGUCCGUGCCGGCCGUGGCGGCGCAGCGCCGGCUGCUCUGCGACGCCAGCGGCGGGCCCAGCUCAGGCGUCGUGACAGCUCUGGACAUCCUGCGGUCCGUGUCGGGCGCUCGCUACACGAUGGACGACCCGCUGCGCGCGUCCAUCGGCGAGGGCGAGCCCAUUUCUGCGGCCAUUCACCGCAUGGUGAGACCGCACGGCGACAAGAGCCGGCCCGGCGCGACGCCGGAGGGGUGGAACGUUCCCGUCUCUUCGGUGAUGACGCCGGCGAAGGACCUCGUCUACCUCUCCCCGAGCGACACGCUCGACGAAGUUCGCUCGCUGAUGGCGCUCUCUGGCCGGCGGCACAUUCCGGUGCUCGCCGGCUCGACGCUGCUCGGCAUCCUCAACCCGAAGGACAUUGCAAAGUACAUUCACCUGCAGCGAAAUGCGAGCACCUCGGCCAAGUCCGACUUUGUGCAGACCGUGAUGCCGCGCAAGGGCGUCCCGAUCGGCACCAAGCUGACGCGCGGCAGCGGGCUCGCGGGCCGAGGCGGCGCUGCUGCAGGAACCUUCUUGGAACCUUCUUGGAACCGUCCUGUAGGCAGCGGGCUCGCGGCCGAGGCGGCGCUGCAGCUCUACUCGGCGGUCGCGCUGCUGCCCCACCCGGCCAAGACAGAGAGCGGUGGCGAGGACGCUUUCCUCCUCGGGCCGCACAUGAUUGGAGUCGCCGACUCUACAGGAAGGGAGGGCGGCAUCGACCCCGCCGCCUAUGCGCGCGGUCUGAUGUUUGCGUCGCGAAACUCGUGCGCCUCGCUCCAGCGGGAGGAGGGGCUCCUGGCCAGUCGACGCUCCUCCACCGCCUGCCUCGUCUCACUCGACCCGCACAAGACAGAGCUCCGCGCGGCAAACAUCGGCGACUCUGGCUUCCUUCUGCUGCGCCGGCAGGCGCCCGACUCUGGGGACGCGCCGGACGACCGCUUCGAGACGCCGCAGGACAGUCGCUUGCGCGGGCCAGGGCACGACGCCUCCCUGGUGCGUGUGCCCGUGCGGCCGGGCGACAUCCUCGUGCUCGCGACCGACGGCCUCUUCGACAACGUGGACGAGGAGGCGCUGCUCGACACGAUAGAGGACCUGAUAGAGGGGUCGGGCACGGGCGCGUCGCCGCAGCAGCUGGCGGAUGCCAUCGCGGCGCGCGCCAAGGAGCUCUCCCUCGACAAGAGCGUCGACUCGCCCUUUGCGAUCCUCGCAAAGGAUAACGACAUCCUCUGGGGCGGAGGCCGGCCAGACGACAUCACGGUGCUCGUCUCGCAUAUCCUGGACCGCGCGGACGCGCGCGCGCCGCCGACGGAUUGGGCCGCCGUCUCUGGGCCGGGCGAGCCGCCGCCAGAGCUGCUGGAGGCUGAGGCGCUGCUGGCGGCGGAGAGGCUGGCGGCGGAGGCGCGGACGGCGAGCGGGCUCGGGGCGGAGAGGGGGGAGGAGGAGGAGGUGGAGAGGCUCGAGGAGGAGGCGCGCGUCGGAGCCUCGCGCUGAGGAGACGGUGGCGGGGAGAGCUCUCGCCGCUCUCGUGUUCCCGCGGUCGGGGCGGCAUCGUGUGGCCCUCGCAUGUCGCAGCCUUUCACUCCGCCUCUCGCUCGACGCUCGGUCCUCGGACAGGGUCACAUUGUGCGAAGUACCGCUCUGUAACGUGUGUAAGAGACUGUGUCACGCAUGCAUGCAUGGACGGAUGGAGAGGUUGUUUUUUGAGAUCUAUCUCAAAAG